AUGUCUAUUCUAUCACACCCGUCGGAAGACACUCCUCCACCAACUCCCACCAGACCACCCUCAUCUCAUGGGCCGUCAGGGAAGCUUCCAAUCGAGCUACUUUCCGAAAUAUUUCUGUUGUGCGUUGAAGAGCGCAUGGACGAAUGGAACACGAUCCGUAUCCCCCUAUUACUCUCCAAGAUAUGCUCGCGAUGGCGAUCUGCAGCCAUCAGUAACCCAAUUCUGUGGUCGCGCCUGUCGAUACAGCUAUCGGGAGCUGCAUCCAAAAGUAUGACGGCCAUUGUCGACACCUGGCUCACAAGGUCCGGGAAAUGUCCCUUGACAAUAUAUGUCUUUUGGGAGGAGCCGCCAUUCUCAGACAAUCACAUCGUGUUGGAGAAGCUCAUGGCCCAUUCGGAGAGAUGGAAGACGAUGUUCUUCUAUCUGCCAUACCGCGCCUUCAAGUCGUUCUCCAGUGUGCGCAACCGCCUACCCAUGCUCACCGAGCUGAGCCUUGGAACAGACGACGAUGUCGUAUUACCUUCCCCCAGCGUGUUCAACCCCAGCCACUUCGACAUGUUCGAAAUUGCACCCCGCUUACGUUCCUUAGAAUGCGUCAAUUUCUCACCAACCAUUCUCAACUUCCCAUGGUCACAGCUCGAGGAUAUCCCUCUACUGUCGGGAAACAUCACGGACUGCCUCGACAUCCUGGGUCGGGGGAAAAGGCUCUCGAAACUGAGCGUUAUAUUCGUGCAGGGCGGGCCUCUCACGUCGCCUGCGCAGUUCCCGCACGUGUCGCACCAACACCUGACGUGUUUCACGAUCAUGACGCCGCCGUGGAAUGAGGUUAUUGACCUCAGCGCUUUAUUCCCCCGCCUGACACUCCCGCAACUGGAGACACUCACAAUAUGCAACCUGAACUCGACGUUCGGCGACAAGUUUACGCAGUUCCUCUCAAGGCUGCACACGCUCAAGACGCUACACCUGCGGAAGACCGCGCUGCCGGACGACCAGCUCGUGGAGGGGUUGAAGCACCUGUCGUCGCUGACGAGCUUGAUCGUCCUAUCGUCGUCACCGACGCAUCAUGAUUACCCUGCGGAGAAUGAACCCACGGUGACGCGGUACCUCCUAGAGGCGCUCACGCGCAACUUUUUCUCGGAGAAUACGAUGGAUGGGAUGCUGCUCCCGCGUCUCCGCCGGCUAGAGCUGACUGUCGGCUCAUCUGCGGCGAGGGAGACCGAGGCGUUUAUCGAUAUGGUCCAGUCCCGUCUAAGGGACGAUGAGGAAGAGGGUUUGGCGAGGCUGGAGCAUGUGCGUGUGCGGCCGUGUGUGGAUCUCGGUGACGAGUUCCUUGUCAGGCUUAUUGAGCUGAGAGAUUUCGGUCUGGAUGUAGAGGUGGAGAGUAUGGGUAAUGUAUCAGCGAAUGUGUGUUGA